AUGAAAGAAACCAUAGCAGAUUCAAAUUUCCCUCAUACAUCAGAUGGAAGAGUAUAUCAUUUAGGCAUCAAAAAAGGAGAAAUAGCUAAUCGGAUCUUAACAGUUGGUGAUCAUGUUAGAGCUAAAAGGAUUUCAAAACAUUUUGAUUCAGAUCCGUUUGAGUUUGUUAGUCAAAGAGGGUUUACGACUUUUACUGGAUUGUACAAGGGGGUUCCGGUUUCGAUUGUGGCUAUUGGAAUGGGGUAUCCUAUGAUGGAUUUCUUUGUUAGGGAAACUAGAGCAGUAGUUAUGGGAGAUUUAAUUAUCAUAAGAUUUGGAUCUUGUGGUACAUUAGUACCUGAGAUUCCAGUGGGUCGAAUCGUAGUUUGUUCAAAAGCUUUAGCCAUCAAUACUAAUUAUGAUUAUUUUCAUCGGGUUGAUGAAGAUAAAAGUAAAAGAUCUCCUUAUUUGAUUAGUUGUCCUAUUCCUUGUGAUAAAUCACUUCAUGAUGAUCUUACAGAAGAACUUAGUAGGUCUUCGAAAGAUAUAAUCGGUCCAAUCGAAUCAAACACACUUCAUGCAGCUGGUGAUAGUUUUUAUUCAUCACAAGGAAGACUCGAUCCGAACUUCCUAGACCAAAACCAAGAUUUAAUCCAAACCUUACAUUCUAAAUAUCCCAAACUAGUCACACUUGAAAUGGAAACUCCUCAUUUGUUUCAUUUGGCGGCUAUCGCUUCACAUGAUCCUAGUCAAUUCCAACCCACUCAUCAAUCUGCAAAAGAAUCUGUAGGGUUCGAAGUAGGUAGAGGAAUCAUUAGAGCUGCUGCUGCACAUAUGACCUUUGCAGGUCGAGUUGGUGGUGAAUUUAUCUCACCUGAACGUACUGAACUUCUUGAAAACUUUGCUGGAAAAGCUUGUUUAGAAACUUUGAUUCGUCAAUCUAUUCAAAUCGAAAACCUUCAUCCAGAAAACGGUAGUGUUUGGGAAUCUAAAAAAUGA